GUUGAGUUGACAACCGAGGACUGUAUCAAGAAUGGUCGACUUGCCCAACGAUGUCGCGUGCCUCAUGCGCGCUGUUCGAAAUGGCGCGUACUACGGCACCAAGAUCCGUGCGCCCCAUGCGUUUGUCAUGGUGAUGCUCUUCCAACAGAAACCGUUGCGCGAGAAACUCCGCGGGAUCGUCCAGCUCACGUUUGAACACACAAAAAACUUGGCGUACUUUGUCGGUGUGUACAAGGGAGUGCUUCUUCUCCUGAGGGAAGCGGACCGCGCUGUCGGGUUGUCUUCUGCAUGUGUGCUUCGUCAAGGACUUAAUCCGCUGUUGCCGUGGCAUGCUGCAUUUGCCGGCGCCGUCGGCGGGUAUAUCGUGUGGUCCAAGUACUCGGGUGUCAACUACCAAAUUGUGCUGUACCUGUUUUCCCGUGUUCUUAUCGGUCUCGUCAAGCUCGGGAGCGAAAAGGGGUGGCCCAUCGUGAAGAAGUACUCGUUCCAGGAAGUGUACCCCGCUCUUGCAUGCGUCACAUGGGCCAUUGUCAUGUGGCUCUUCGAGUACCAUCGCAAUGUGCUGCAUCCCUCCCUGUCCAAGAGCAUGGACUUCCUGUACCACGAUUCGAACUCGUGGACCACGAUCCAGGACUUUUUGCCAUCGCCCGCAACUGUCGCCGUUUUGGCUCUGUCUUGGGUCAACUUUUAACAACAUAUAUUGCCUGCAUUCCAUCCGU